AUGUCGUGGCAAACCCAGCAACGUGCGUUUCUCCCUCUCGCCGUCCUCGUCCUCCUCGCCGCCGCCGCCGCCGCUCCCUACCAAGCCAAUGCGCAGCCGGCGUCGCCAGCAGACCCAACGGCCGCCGACACCUGCGCCGACCCCGCCGUGGACGGCGCGUGCCGCAACGUCCCGAAGGCGCUGCGCCUGAAGCUGAUCGCCAUCCCGACGAUCCUCGUCGCCAGCAUCAUCGGCGUGUGCCUGCCGCUCUUCUCCCGCUCCGUCCCCGCGCUCCGCCCGGACCGCAACCUCUUCGUCAUCGUCAAGGCCUUCGCGUCGGGCGUCAUCCUCGCCACGGGCUACAUGCACGUGCUCCCGGACUCCUUCAGCAACCUCACCUCGCCGUGCCUGCCCCGGAAGCCCUGGGCCGAUUUCUCCUUCACCACCUUCGUCGCCAUGCUCGCCGCCCUGUUCACGCUCAUGGUGGACUCGCUCAUGCUCACCUUCUACAACCGGAGGAAGGGCGGCGGCAACACCUCCGGCCGCCGCACUGGCGCCGCCGUCGCCGACCACGAGAGCCCGGCGCAUGAUGAGCACCACUGGCACAGCCACGGCCAUGGCCAUGGACACGGGGGCAUCGUGGUCGUCGCCGACAACCCCGAGGACGAGGAGGAGGCCAGCAAGGUGCAGCUCCGCCGGAACCGCGUUGUCGUUCAGGUCCUGGAGAUGGGCAUCAUCGUGCACUCGGUGGUGAUCGGGCUGGGCAUGGGCGCGUCGCAGAACGUGUGCACCAUCCGGCCGCUGGUGGCGGCGAUGUGCUUCCACCAGCUCUUCGAGGGCAUGGGCCUCGGCGGCUGCAUCCUGCAGGCGGAGUACGGCGCCAAGAUGAAGGCCGGGCUGGUGUUCUUCUUCUCCACGACGACGCCGUUCGGGAUCGCGCUGGGGCUGGCGCUCACCAAGGUGUACAGGGAGAACAGCCCCACGGCGCUGAUCGUCGUCGGGCUGCUGAACGCGGCCUCGGCGGGGCUGCUGCACUACAUGGCGCUGGUGGAGCUCCUGGCCGCCGACUUCAUGGGGCCCAAGCUUGCAGGGCAGCGUCAGGCUCCAGCUCCUCUCCUUCCUCGCCGUCCUCCUCGGCGCCGGCGGCAUGUCCAUCAUGGCCAAGUGGGCGUGAGCUGA